AUGCUACCAAGAAUUUUCAUGACUGUGGAGACCUCUCCGGCCUUCGCGAAUGCCCGCCAUGGAAUCUUAGACCUGAAAAACCUCGCCAACUCUGGCCUGUACGAGAGGGUUCUCUUCAUCUUCUUCCUCAUGAGGCGGUCCGGGGUUCAGCCGGACCAUCGCACCUUCCCUGAGAUAAACAGGGCCGUGGCUUCUCUCCCCGGCCAUAUCCAUCUCGGAGAGGCAGUCCAUUCUGUGUGUGAAGAUGGGGCUUGGUCUGAACCUCUACUUCCGCAACACCAUGAUCGAGGUGUACGCCAGGCACGGCCGAGUAGGUCCUGCUCGCCUUCUGUUUGAUGAAAUGCCCGUGAGGGACGUCGUCUCCUGGACAUCACUGAUCUCUGGGCUCUCCCGAUCAGGUAAGGCCUUCGAUUCUCUCAUCCUGUUUCAGGAGAUGCUGAUGGCCGGGUUUCGGCCCAACUCGGUGACGAUGCUGGUUCUUCUGCGAGCAUGCUCAGUGGCGGACCACAUUCUUCUUGUGAAGCAGCUACAUGGUUUUUCCAUCAAGGGAGGCCUCUUCAACACCGAGUCAGUGCAGAACUCCGUAAUGGCGGCAUUCGGGAGGAUUGGCCUUCUGGAAGAGGUGGAGCGAGUCUUCAACACAGUCGGCGAGAGGAGCCUUCUCUCCUGGAAUACAAUGAUUUCUGGGUAUUCUUCCGCAGGAGAUGCACCCAAGGUCGCAGAAGCCUUCAACAAGAUGAGAACCGAGCUGGUUCCUUCCCCAGAAACCUUCACUCUGGUCGUCUCUGCCUGCACAAAGAACAGGGAGGUGCUCCUGGGGGAGGCGAUCCAUGGCUAUGCCCUGAAACUUGCCCCCAUUGAUGACAUCCUACAAGCUUGCCUCCUCGAUCUUUACAUCAAGUGCGGAGAAUCUGCAGCUGCUGUGCGUUUAUUUGAAGAGGCCAGAGAGAAGAACUUCGACCUCUAGAGCACCAUGAUCUCCGGGCUAGAGCACAGAAGGCGUUUCAGCGAGGCGGCAGACUUGUUCCGGGAAAUGCAGAUCUCCGGUGCCGACAUUCUGGGGAGCAUCCUCCAUGUCUGUUCUAACGUGGGUUCUCUGCGAUCCGUCAGGGAAGUCCAUGGAUGCCUUGUGAAAAACAGCUGGUGCGGCGCUGCGGAUCAAACGAUCUUGGAGACCUCAAUUCUAUCCAUGUACGCCAGAUGUGGAAGUCUCCAUGACGCAGGACAGGGGCCCAACCUUGACUCAGUUGGCCCCCUAGAGGACUCAAGCUCGGCCCAAACAAUUUUGGUCCCAUAAGGCGUUCGGAGAUCUCGACGCCAACAUAUCCGGCCAGAAGGUGAAGAAUUUUGCUUAUUGUUAGUUUGUUCAGAAGACGAGAAGGUAACGCACAUGAAACCAGUAGAUUUGUAGAAUAUGAGAAGAUGUACAGAACACGAAGAGACGAGCGGCAUGCGAAAGGACGCCUUCUUAAACUUUUCAUUAUUUCACUUGAUUAGCUUUGUUUUGUAAGGCCUUUAAAAAAGGACCAGUCUCGUCUCCGUGGGGGGCAGUUUUUUUAGUAUCAUUUUCUUCUUGCUUUUUGCGGCAGUUUCACUGUCUGUUGCUGGUUGUGAAACCCAGUUGCCCCAGCAGGAUUGGUCGUGAGGACCCCAUGCUCCCACCGCCGUUGUUUGUCGCCCUUUUCGACGGCUCUGCCUGCGCCACCACCGAUGAAUCUCCUUCUGUCCUCCACAAUCCUCAUCUUUGCUCUCCUCCCCUAACGCCCGAUGCUCUGGCUUCCCGUCACUCUGGUUCGCCUGCCACCCCUCCUCGGUGACUUUUCUCCUUCACUAAAUAUCUCAUUUUCUUAUGCCUAGUUUUCCCUGCUCUUUUAAUACAUCCUUAUUGUCAUCGUCGCCGUGAGUGAUUGUGUAGGAUAACCACUACUCCUUACAUUGGGUGGUCCCUCCUCCUUGAUAAGUUAGAUCUGCUUGGUUAACUACGAGCACCCUACGACUGGCGGUUUACCUAAAUCGCCCAGUCCUAGCCCUGUUUCCCUGACCAUGGAUGAUUUUUGAGUAGACUUGGUUUUAUCCGUCAUCUAUUCCUUCUAGCAUAUGUGUUUUCUGCAUCGUUUAUUUGAUCUCUUCUACGCCCGCAUAAUCAUCCCCAUCACUCCACCUUGCAGAGAGGUGCUUCGAUAAAGUCCUUGUCAAGGAUUUGGUGGCCUGGAGCUCCAUGAUUGAGGGCUACGUGGUCCAUGGACUUGGCCACCUCACUCUGAAUCCCUUCCACCGGAUGAUCAGCGAGGAGGAAUUCGGCCAAAUGGCAUUACCUUCCUCAGUGUUCCAUCUGCCUGCAGCCACGUGGGCUUGGUCGCUGACGGAUGCUGGGUCUUCCUCUCCAUGGUCGGAGAAUUUGGCGUCGACCCCGAGCUGGCUCACUACACCUCCAUGGUGGAUCUUCUCGGCAGGGCUGGCAGGCUUCAGGAGGUUCUCGGCGUGAUCAGAGGCAGGAAGGUAGCAGAGGUCGAUGGUCGGAUUUGGGGGUCCCUUCUGUCUUCUUGCAGAACGCGCCGUGCUGCCAAUCUCGCCGCCUAUUCUGCGCAGAAGGUCCUCGAGCUCGAGCCGGACAAUGCCGGGUAUGAGGGGGCGUUCUGCAACGUGUAUGUCGCUGCUGGCAGGUAGGACGAGUCGGCGGAGGCGAGGAAGGUCUCAGCGAAGGAACCUGCGUGGGGCUCCGUCGAGGCCGGCAGCCGGCAGCGGAGAGUUGUCGCCGGACUUGUUGCUUUGGAAUAAAGACCGAGAGCAGCAUCUAA